CCACACGCUCAGGACCGGUCGCCUCCCCUGUGUGGAGCGUGCGCAUGCGCAGUGCAGCCCUCGCGCCUGGCAGUGAGCGGAGUCAUGAUGGCGGCGGCGGACAGGCCGUGCUAAUGAGACAGCGAAAUAACCGACAGCCAGAGGAGCGCUCGCCCGGGCACCCGCACAACGCCGGACACACGGACAGCACAGCAGCGGGGUCACCCUCGCCGCCAGUCAGACACAGCCGGAGACCGCAAGGCGAGAGAGGAGGAUCAGACAGCAGCCGCUGAGCUUCGCUAGGCCGGACCACGGGCCCCGCAACGCCUGCCGGGAGACAGCGGCCCCGGGAGGGUGACAGAACGCAGCCACCAUGCAGAUCACCAUGAAAACGCUGCAGCAGCAGACUUUCAAGAUAGAGAUCGACAGCAAGGAGACGGUGAAAGCUUUGAAGGAGAAAAUUGAACUUGAAAAGGGGAAGGAUGCAUUUCCUGUCGCUGGCCAAAAAUUAAUUUAUGCAGGUAAAAUCCUUAAUGAUGACACAGCACUUAAAGAAUAUAAAAUUGACGAGAAGAACUUUGUAGUUGUUAUGGUGACAAAACCAAAAGCAGCAUCUUGUCCAUCAGCACCAGCUGCAGCACCAAGCCAGCCUUCCAGCACUGCUACUGCUGCCCCUGCAUCACCACCCCUGACAUACACCCCACUCGCCCGUACCAAUGCCCCUCUAUCCCUACCUUACCCGCUGCCUAACAUUCCUAUACCUAGUCCAUUUGUAACUGUACACACCCCAACCCCUGCUCCUACUGAAGAAAAGGCUGAAGAGAAGACUGACAGUCCUGAGGAAACAGUGAGCCCUACUUCUACUGAGUGCAGCAUACCGAGUGAUUCUACUCGACCAUCGCUUUUUGAGGAUGCCACAAGCGCUCUUGUAACAGGUCAAUCUUACGAGAAUAUGGUAACAGAGAUCAUGUCCAUGGGUUAUGAGCGAGAGCAAGUUAUUGCAGCCCUUAGAGCCAGUUUCAACAACCCUGAUAGGGCUGUGGAGUACCUCCUUAUGGGGAUCCCAGGAGAUAGAGAAGGUCAGGCAGUUGCUGAGCCUCCACAAGCAGUCAGUACACCACCUACUCAACCUCUGCCUAUGGCAGCUGGAGCUGCUGCAACAACUACAACACCUACUACACCUUCAACUGGAGGAAAUCCCCUUGAUUUCUUGCAGAAUCAGCCUCAGUUUCAACAGAUGAGGCAAAUUAUACAACAAAAUCCUGCUUUGUUGCCGGCACUUCUGCAGCAGAUAGGACGGGAGAAUCCCUCAUUAUUGCAGCAAAUUAGUCAACACCAGGAACAGUUCAUUCACAUGUUAAAUGAUCCAGUCUGUGAAUCUGAGGGUCAGGGUGGAGGUGGCGGUGGAGUAGCAGGUGGAAGAGGAGUAGCCGCCGAGGCUGGAAGUGGUCAUAUGAACUACAUUCAAGUUACACCUCAGGAAAAAGAAGCUAUAGAAAGGCUAAAAGCACUAGGAUUCCCUGAAGGACUCGUGAUACAAGCUUAUUUUGCAUGCGAGAAGAAUGAGAAUUUGGCUGCCAAUUUUCUCCUACAGCAAAACUUUGAUGAUGAUUGAAAAGAAGAGACUGUAUUUUAUAUCUUGCGUCACACCAGUGCAUUACACUAACUUUGCUCACUGGAUUUACUGGGAUGAUUUGGGCUCAUAUCCACAAUAUUUGGUGUACGGUAGUCAAGGGUGGGUGGGUUAGGGAAUUAUUGGAAAAGCUAGGACAAAGCAUACAUCUGCAGUUUAUUGAGCAGUUACAAGGGUCAGCGUGUAUUAUGGAAAUGAGCAAAAAAAAACAAAAAAAGAAAAACAUAUUUGCAACCAAAAUACAGCUUCAGCAGGCAUUUAUUCCCUUCUGAGAUACCAUCUGCUAACUUCUAGAUAUCAUUUUACCUUUUCACUAGUAUACUUAGAUCCAUAAAUUUAGUGUAAUGCCCUGCUUCCGGUUUUCUUUCUGACAAAACAUUGGUAUUAUAUAGCCUGUGGUACCAGACAGUGUCUGUAUUUUCUGGUAACACCGUGUUAUGGCCGUGUGAUCUCUAGGGCUUUGAGGAAGCUUAUAAGAUGUAAAUGCCAAAAUAAAGAUAGGUGAUUAUUUGCUGCUUCAACAAAUAAUUAAAGUCUGAAAUUAGUGCACAGAAAACUUUUUUUUUUUUUUUUACAUGGUAAAUGCUGUGAAAGUAAAUUCGGAAGAUCUUUCUUUCCAAUAAAUAAUCUUUACUGAUAUUUAAAUAAACCCUUAUUGAGUGUGAAGUGGCCACUUUCUGUUCUGACUUAGAAAACAGUAUUCACACAGGAGUUUGAUUUUGUUUUUUUUUCCUUCCAGUUUAGAGAAUUGAAACGGAUUAGCUUUCUAAUUGCUUAUUUACUUCAAUUUUUACAUUGCAGUAAAGGUUUUUAAAACAGUUGUUGCAUGUUUUUGGUUUUGAUAAAAUCCACUUGGUGUGUUAAGUAACCUAUACAGUGUUUAUUAGUUUUCCAUGUCAGCCGAGAAUGUGCAACCUCUUCAACCUGUCCAACCUAUUUAAUCCAUGCUUGUCCGAAAACCACAUAUAUGUAAACCAGUCCAAUAGCAAUGCAAGCCACAUAUUCAAAGAUAAAUUGAGAAAGGGUUUUUUUUUUUUUUUUAAAUGUAUAAACUUUAUUUCAUACCCCAUACCAAAAUAUUCAGUACAAAUUCUUUCUGCUCUGAAGCUGGCAUGACAGGGCUUGAGAGGUCAUCACAUCCUCUGUUGUUUUCAGAGAGGGCAUGACAUAUAAAUGAAUUGUAAGAACUAUUUGUGUAUGUACUACUUAUACAUCGCCUAAAUGGACAGUUGAACAAUCAGAGGGAAAAAAAACCCCAAAAAGUUAUACACAACAUUAAAAGUUCUCCUUGUA